UGCCGCUUCCUCAAAUCAUUUAAGCGCAUUUGACGAUUGUUUGUCUUUCCGCACAGAACAGAACAGAAUCGAAUCCGGUUGCCGGUCCACAUCAACGCUUCAAAGCUUUCAGCCCUAAAUAAACUAUACAAAUUAAACAAAUUAUUAGCUGUGAGCAACGAGAACUAAACAAAAUGAAGCUGUUGUUCGGUUUGCUGAUGACCGUGCUGGCCCUUAGCGGAGUUUUCACCUUGCCAGCCCGCAACGACCCACAGGAUGAUACAGAGGUGGAUAAAGUUCAGCCCGAAUCGGAUUUCAAUAACUUCAGCGGCGUCAUCGAUACCGGCUCCGGGUAUCCCUUCCUUCAGCCGCAUCCUUCGAGCUUGAAUGUGGGCUUCUUCGACUCCUUCGAUGAUAUCUUCCGCCGUCUGCGCGCCCGUCUGUGGCCCGUGAUUGCCAGCGAUUCUGGUGAGGAUGGAGCUGCUCGAACUGGCGCCUUUGACGACUCCAGUGAUGGCAGCAUAGCAGGCUCCCUAUUUGGACUGCCUCCAAUCAAUCCGCUGGAUUCCCAGAAAGCCAACACUACUUCCACCAUUAAGGUUGUCGAUGGCCAUAAGGUUGAGAUCAACGAGACGGUGUAUGGUGAUAGCAACAGCGUUUUCAAGGUGCGAUUGGUGAAUGUGCGUCCUUUGGAGAGCGGCGAGGAGGUGGCCCAGGGAGUUCACACCAGUGGAGGUGACUUCCAGCCGGCGGUGAAUCCCAGCACCUCUGCCCCGUCCAAAAAGUUCGAGGAGUUCGACGAGGAGGACGACGAUGAUCGGCGCGAGCCGCUGGAGAAGCAGCCGCAGGAAAACGAGGUGCUCAACAUUGAGUCCACCACACCAACAACCACCACAAGUUAUCCCACAAAUCCUCACACCAGCUCACCCAUAGACUCCGAAUUCGAAGCUUCUGAUAUCAGUGAGGAUAUAGCGGAGCCCUUACCGGAAGGACAAAAGAACACCAUGGAUCAGCUGCAGCAAAUGAUGUCAUCCGUGCGAGAGGAGAUCAGAGAUGAGGAGGAAUUCGGGCAGGAUCACGAGGACAAGGAGUACUUGGAGAAGAAAGAGAAGAAGGAGCGCGAAGAAUUCGAUUCCUCAGACGAUGAGGACGGCGAGUCUACAACUCCGGUCGUGAUGAGCGAUACAUUCAACGAUGAGUGGGCCGAAUUCGAUCAGGAUCAAGGUCGAGACCAGGAUCCGAAUGAGGAUCAGGUUGCCGAACUGGACAUUGAAAACGAUCUUAGCAACGAUAUCGAUAUCGAGGAGAACUUUGGGCCCAUUGACCUAUCCAACGACAUAGCCGUCAACGAUGUGGCUGCCGCAGAUCCCCAUUUUCCCAUUAAUGCCGAUGCCGAGUUUAUUGUGCACCCAGCUGUGGUUAGAACUAUGCCCAUGUUCGAAAAGCUUUCCUUAGGAGAGCCUGCGAAAUGAGGAUUCUAUAGGAUUCAACUAGUCUAGGCAUUUUCUUUAAUCUUAACUUCAUAGCUUGUAAACAUAAAUCGAGGAUAUCUCUGAGAGAUCCAAAGAAAUCGGC